AUGCAGCUGUGGAAGAGAGUGCUGGUUGUUAUCUCUGCCUGGAGUAUGGCGGCUGCCUCAGCUCAAAGGGCACCUGCCAACUCUGUGUUCUAUGAGUGCAACACAACUAGCAUCCAUUUGGUCGUCAAGGUAGACCCUUGGAGCACUGGCACCAAGCUCAACCCAGAGUUCCUGAACUUGGGCAGCUGCCCCUCCUCCUUUGAGAAUAACCGCCAAGGCUUCUUCCAUUUCCAGUACUACUUCAGUGAGUGUGGCUUUGCCCGGCUGAAAUCUGGCAAAAUGGUUGAACAUCUCAUCAACCUGGUCUACAGGCCUCCAUCCCACCAAACCAGGUUCUAUAACAACCCCUUUUCAGAGAGGAUAAACUGCACUGAUUAUGAGGCCAGUGUGACUUCUCCACAGGUGGCAUUGUUGACUGGCCAGCUUUCUGCUUCAAGUGUGCUCAAGUUCACUGUAAAGCUAAUGAAUGAGGACUUCAGUGCUCCGUCGGACGUUACGAUCUUUUUCCUGGGCUCACAGAUCAAUAUAGAAUUUGCCGUACAGAGCCUCUUCCACCAGCCUCUGAGAGUAUUUGUGGAUGAAUGCACAGCUGCUGCCACACCAGAACUUCACAAAUCUCCCAGGAACUACAGCAUUAUUAGUAACCAUGGGUGUCUUGUGGAUGGCAGAGUGGCAAAUUCUUCAUUCCCUCCUAGGCCGGCUCCUGAAGUGAUCCAUCUCUCUAUGCAGGCCUUUGAAUUUGUUGGCAUGAACACCAAUAUUUAUAUACAUUGCCGAGUUCUAGUUUGGGACCCAGAAGUCCUCACUGAUCCCCUGAAGAAGGCCUGCUCAUUUCAUAGAGAUACCAAAAGAUGGGAACUCUUAGAUGACCCCUCAAGUUCUGUGUGCAGCUGUUGUGAAUCAGUGUGUCAGACUGCAGGAUCUCGCCACAAAAGAGAUCUAGAAGCGCAGAGUGGUCUGCAUUAUAAUAUGGUAGUUGGACACUUGAGGAUUCAAAAACCAGUUCGAAGCACAGGCAGUGAUGAAUGGGAUUCGAACAGUUCUCUAGCUGUCAAAAGUCACAAAGGUGGGAAACAAAAUGUGAUGCCUCCUGCUGUUGGUGCCCUGCUCGUGGAAGUGGCUGUGGUUGCUGUGCUCUCCUUGGGUUUCUGUUUCUACAAUGGCUACCAAAAAAGGCUUUGCCUCCACAAGAGGGACACCCAUGGAAACCUGGACACUCGACCACUGGUGGAUGCUGAGCAGGACUGUGGAAGUAUCAAUGCUGAUCUGGAAUAAUGUUAAUGAUUAAAAAAAUAGCAAACCAG